AUGAAGUGGACUAAGCAGCCAUGUCUCCAGGUCUUGCUAACCACUACCGCGGAGCGAACCUCAUAUAAAGCCGAAUUGGAAGGAGACGUGGUGAUGGGCUGCCGGUUCUUCCCUUUGUCUCAGCAUCCAUACGAGGAUUUGACAGUAUCUUGGCACUGGAUCUCGCCGGCUCGAUCUCGGGAAGUGUACCGUAUGGAUCGCGGGCAGGAACAAGCCUCCUUCCGACAUCCAGACUUCCAGGGUCGCGCCAGACUGCUCACCGAACAGAUUAAAGAUGGCUGGGCGAAGUUGCAAGUAACCAGGCUUCGCAUCAAUGACACGGGAACCUACCAAUGUAUAAUAGGGACAACAAACGGAGCUCACUAUAAGGAUAUUAAGUUAUCUGUGACUGCACCUUUCAAAACGGUCACCAAAAACAUUUUCAAAACAGCAAAAGAAGGCGAGCUCGUGCUAACCUGUCAGUCUGAGGGCUAUCCAAAAUCUACGGUCACCUGGGAGGACAAUCACCAGCGAGAACUCAACGCCAGCACCACCGUUGUGUUGACAGAAGACCGCCUUUUCAGAAUCACCACUCAGAUACGGGUGGCAUCAUCGCAGAAAAACAACUACACGUGUAGCUUUAACAGUAGCGGCUCCUCUACAUCUUUUCUCAUUCCGGAAGACACACAACUACAGAAGGGGAACCAGCACAAGGUAGAUGUAAUUAGUGCAGCAGUAGGCGCGAUUAUUAGAAUUGCACUAAUUGGCUUCAUAAUAGUGCUAAUUUAUCUGCACCAAAAAGGCUUUGGAAAGAAUAUGUUUGCAGUCAUCCGCGACAUGUUCCCGUCCUCUUCCCCAACGGUGCCGAAGCUUCUGGACUGGAACCCGGAGAGGCCACACCUCGAAGAGGAGGCUACAAAGCUUCACGAGGGAGAGUUGGGCGCGGCCCGGCAACAGCGUCCGCAGCAGGCUCCUCAGCAACAAGAGCCAUCUCGCCAGUACUACUGCGAUGAGGACUGGUCCGAAUGCCCAAUGAGCCUGGAGCCAGGGGACGGAGGAAAGACGGAGCCUCUGAACCCGGCUAAGGGAAGACAACCACCUGAAUGA